AUGAAAGCACCAGGCAGGAAUAAAAAGCUGGAGAUGGAGCAGCAAGGCAGCCACAGCGAGCAAGGCAAAGCAGCUCCCUGGGACAGCCACCAGCUCAGCAGCUCCACCCUCCUCACCCCAUCGUACUCUAUCGCCGACUGUCAACCUUUCCUUGACAAAAUGCUGCACCUCAGCCUCACCCCACUGCUCGUGCUGGUGCUGGGGGUCAGCCUGGGGGCUGCCUUUCCCCAUGACACCCUGGGUAAGGACUGCAGGCUGUCCAAGUACCAGAACAUUGCACAGGAGGAGCAGCAGGCUGUGGACAAGAUGAGACAAGAGUUUGUGAACAACCACAAAUGCAACACCAGGCUCUUCCACCGGAAAUGGAAUGCAGUAGACCUGCCGAUGUCCGACCGAGUGCUGCUGGUGGCGGCCGAGCUGAACCUCACCACUGCCAUGCUGGAGCUCCCCGCUGCCCCCGGCUUUGCCGAGGUGCGCCGGAGGCCCCUGGACUUCUUCAGGCACGCCCGGGAGGACGUGCGGGGCUGCGUGAGUGUGGAUCCUUCGCACCAGCCCUCGGGCAGGCUGAGGCACUGGCUGCACAAGCUGCAGGCGGCCAUGCGAGCAGAGACCGCCGGGAGCAGGGCGUGCCUCCGGGCCACGGCCAUCCUGCACGUUCUGCAAGUGCUGGACAACCUGCGCUGCGCUGCCCUCCAGGACAAGUGCUGAAGUGCUGAAGGGCUGAAGUGCCCUCAGGCCCCAGCCCGCGGCACCGCCCUCAGGGACGGCCCCAGAACCGGGAGAAAACCACUGCGCUGCGCUGUUACUGCCUAUUUAACCUAUAUAACCCCUCUUCUCACUUA